GAAGGUGUUUAUAAAGCAGCAACCUGGCAGCAACUCACACUUUACUACUGAAGAUAACAGAGUUGAUAGAGAACCGACUGCCAGACUUAAUCGUAGGAGGAACGCAACAUGAGAAUAUUUUUACUUGUAGCUGCCAUCGCGGCAGUAUCACAGGCCCAGACUGACUGCUCUCGUGGGGCUUGUUACCCACCCAGCAAUGACCUGCUCCUGGGCAGGGCACACCAGCUCCAUGCCUCCUCCACCUGCGGCCUUACAGGCUCCGAGGUCUACUGCACCCCAUACCAACAGAGGAGGAUGAAGUGUUGUCCAUGUGACUCCAGGAACCCAAGCGGCCCGCUGGCCCACACUGUCCAGGAUGUCCUGUCCACUUCUGGACCAAACAGAUGGUGGCAGUCCAGGAAAGAGGUGAGUCCAGUCACUCUGGAGUUGGACCUCGAUAACCUGUUCCAGCUUGACAACUUGGUGCUCAGCUUCAAGGGUCCUCGUCCCAGUGCCUUUAUUAUAGAGAGGACACAGGACAAUGGCAGGACGUGGCAGCCUGCUCUCUACCUGGCCACUGACUGUCAAAGAGCUUUUCCAGGUGUCCCCACAACAACACCUCUCAGGAUGGAUGACACAUUCUGCUACACACUGCCCCCCACUGGAACAAAUCCAUACCAAGACCACAUAAUCCAGUUCAGUCCUUUGCAUCAAUAUGCUUAUGUACCUGUUCCUAACAGCCAGAAAAUUGAAGAUGUGUCUGGGUUAACGGGGCUGAGGGUGAGGAUGACAGAGCUUGGAGAUGUGCCACGUUUACCUGGCAGGGCUCUCAGUAGAUUUUAUGCCCUCAACGAGAUGAGGGUGAUGGGCAGCUGCAUGUGCCAUGGACACGCCAACCGAUGCCUGCCAGAGACCUACAACAAUCUACUGCCCAACAGCAUACAGGUGAAUCCUCAGUGUGACUGCCAGCAUAACACAGCAGGUGUGAAUUGUGAGCGCUGUGCUGACCUCUACAAUGACCUGCCCUGGAGACCUGCAGAGGAGGGCAACACUCAGACCUGCCAACGCUGUGACUGUAACAACCACGCCCAGCGCUGUCGUUUUGACCAGGCUUUGUACGAGGCCAGUGGACGGAGGAGUGGAGGUGUGUGUGAGGGUUGUAUGCACCACACCACAGGGCCAAAAUGUGAGCAGUGUGCCCCAGGCUACCAGCCAAACCCCUACAGCCGAAUGGACCGUCCUGAUGCCUGCAUACGCUGUGUCUGCAGUGUUGAGGGGACAGUGAAUGGAGGCCAGUGUGACGACAGCACAGGCUUGUGUCAGUGUAAAGUGAAUGUUGAAGGUCCCCGAUGUGACCGAUGUAAGAGAGGAUACCACAGCCUGAGUGCCUCCAAUCUUCUGGGCUGCUCCAAAUGUUCCUGUUCUCCAGUUGGGUCACAGUCAGAUAUUUGUGACCCAGUGACCGGCCAGUGUCCCUGUCGCCCCCACUUCCAUGGCCUGACCUGUGAAGAGUGCUCAAAAGGCUACUGGAAACCAUUCCCGUCAGGACGCUGUGAGUCCUGCAGCUGUGACCCCACCAGGUCAUACAGUGAUACGUGUGACCAGGUGUCAGGCCAGUGUCAGUGCAGACCAGGCUUUGGAGGCCGAACAUGUACUGAGUGCCCAGACAACACAUACGGAGAUGCUCUCUUAGGCUGCCAACCAUGUCGGUGUGAUGCUGAAGGAACCCUACCAGAAGGUUGUGAUAAGCAGACAGGAGUCUGUUUGUGUCGGCCGGGUGUCACCGGGGCUCGCUGUGACACCUGCAGUCGUGGACACUGUGACUCUUUCCCUACCUGUGAGAUAUGUCCCUCCUGCUACUUCACCCUGGACACCCAGAGACAGAACCUCAGUUUAGCUGUAGAGAGGCUCUACACCAGCUUCCCAUCUCGUCCUGGAGGCACUGGUGAUCUUGGAACCUUUGGGCCUCGCAUAUUGAACCUGCUUGAAAGACUUAACCUGAUCCGGAAUUCCAUCUCCCUCCCACCCAGCACAGCCGAAAAGGUUGACGAUGCCCUGUCCCAACUGGACAAGCUCAGAGACCAGGUGGCCAAGGUUGAUAAAGACCUCCCAGCCCUGGAGAGAACUCCUGGUCUGGACUCAGAGCUGGACAAACUUCGGACUCUGCUGGACCGCCUCACUGUGGAGUACAAAAACAAGAAAGAAUUAAUGGACACAUCCAUCAGUCCCAACAAUACAGGAGUGUUUUCAGCCAUCCAGAAGGCUUAUAAUGAGUCUACAGAUGCAGCUAAGAAAGUGGAUGCCAGUGGGGACAAAGUGAAGGAGUCAGCUGAUGUCAGAGAAAAAGCCAAGGACCUUCAAAACCAAGUACAGCCAGCCAACACCAGAGAUCUGAACAAACUGAACCAGAGCAUGGCCUCCAGACCUGACCUCACUCCUGUUGCCAAGCAGGUAUGUGGCAGUGUUCGCUCAGAGCCCUGCACCCCUCUCCAGUGUGAGGGUGGAGAGUUGUGUCCACCAGAGGGAACCCCACCUUGUAAAAAGGGGGCAACGUGUGUGGGUGCCCUGCCUCUGAGUAAGAGGGCUGAUGCUGAUGCCAAGGAUGUGAAAGACAAGCUGGACAAGCUCACUGGGAAGAUCACAGAGGCUGCAGAGGAGCUCGAGAAAACACAGAAUACAGCCAACCAGGUGAGACAGUCUACAGAGAAUCUGUCCAAAAAGAUGAAGCAGGCCAGAGAUGAGCUAGAAGAAGACUUAAAGGAAACGCGUGACACUGUGAAAGAACUCAAAGAUUUUCUGUCAGACCCAUCCACCGACCUCACCCACAUCCAGGAGGUGAGCGACUGGAUCCUUAAAGCUAAACUGCCCCUCAGCCUGGCUGCUUUCAAGGGGAAGCUGAAGGAGCUGAAGGAUCUGGCGGCCAAUCUACCAGACAGCACAGCCAUUCUGGACGAAGCUGAGCCACAGCUGGACUCAGCUAGGAAACUGCUGAAGGAAGCCCAGGACGCCAGGGACACUGCACUGGGAGUAAAGGCUGACGUGGAUGGGUUGCUGGCAGGCUUCAACUCAGUGGAGAACUCUCUCUCUGACCUGGAAGACAAACUGCAGGACAGCAUUGAUAUCAUGGACAAACUGAACACAAGCCUGACUAAGGCCAAAGACCAGCUGAGCCCAGCAGAGAAGGCUUUGGAUGACAUAUCAACAUUAACAAAGCCAAUGAAACCUCAACUGGACGAACUCAAAGACCUGCUGAAGGACGGAGACCAGCAGGCCCAGGAUGCUCAGGAAAAUGCAGAUAACGCUGUGAAUGAAGCAGCCUCUGCAAAGGAGGACCUGAAGUCUUUGCUGGAGCAGCUGGGUCGUCUUAAAGACUUGGCUCCAUCCAGUGGGUCAGGUACAGAGGAGGGGCCAGUGGGGGAUCGACUGGCGAAGCUGCAGCAGGAUGCUGGAGUUCUGGCCAACACCACUGACACCAUGCUAAAAGCUCUGGAAGGUAAAGGAGAGUCCCUCAAGCAGCUGCAAGAUGAAAUCCUCAAGAAGUCAGAAAAGCUUCAUGGACUUGAUGCAAAACUCAAAGACCUUCUGGAAAAACUUCGAAACAAAGCACACGACCUCAGCAUAUGCCAGGGGUAAAAGUCACCUGCUGGCAGGAUCCGCUGCUGCUGUCACAACAUGUCACACCAGCCCUAACAUUAGUCACUCCACUUACUGUCUUCACUUUACUACAGGAGAAUUCCUCCCAAAGCCUGGAUCACUGCUUUAACCCUUCUCUAUAAUAUAACAUUCACCUCUUCUCCGGCAGUUGACAAAGAAUUGUGGGAAAUGUGGGAAAAGCUAUGUAGAAAAUCAGCAUCUGGUGUGUAAUGAGAGAGGAGGGUUCAUGGAGAAAGGACUGACUCUUUAGCAUGAAAUAACUCCUGGAAUAUUUAAGUUACAGUGUUUUUCAUUUUUAAUCUGUAAUGACAGUACUAUAUGUUCUUUUAACUGAUUAGACAAACACAAUAUGCAUAAAUAUCUUUAUGUUCUCAAUAUCACUUUUCGCAUUUUGUUGAAAAAAGACCAGAGCCCUUACUGCCCUGCACAGCCAACAUAAAGUCAUUCAUCAGCAGCGAUAUGCUUCACUGUGAACAUUUCACCACUAUUACUGUAUUUGUCAGAACCUGAGACGGGGUGAAUUUUAUUUAUUUGUCUGUUUUUUACCUUUUUGUGCAGAAUCUGUAGUAUUUAAAUAAAAGCCUUUUCAUGUUUUUA